AUGGUGGUAAUACACCUUGCCUACACGACGAUUGUCAAUCCUCCUGGUGCCCAAUCGAUCCUUAGCCAUGCUCAGGUCUGGGCUGGACUUGAGCGGAAAGCACGUGUACCACAGGAGUUUGUGCCUGUCGUCGAGACCUGCGAGAUCCACUCGGAGAAGGACAAUGUGAUCACUGCCACCGUCAUCUUCAAGGCCGAUAGUGCCGUGGCCCACGCCCGUACGAUCCGUGAGGUGUGCACUUUGAGCCCACCGUGCCGGUUGGACUACGACAUGGAAGACGGUAGCACGGCGACAAACAUCAUCAGCAUGGGCAAAGGCUCAACCGGCGACAAUGAGCUGUUUCUGACCUUUAUAUUCGCAUGGGAGCAUCCCCAACUCGUCCAAGGUAGUGACGAAGCCAAGGAGGCCGAGGAUCAACAUAAAACGAUAGCUGCUGCCGCGGUAUACUCGACUCUUCAAACCAUCAGAAACUUGGUGGAGAAAGGCCAACUUUGA